AUGACCGCGUCCAUCGUCGCGGACGCGGAGGAAUGGGUCAAAUCCGAGCUCGCGGGCCAGGACGGCUCGCACGACUGGUGGCACAUCGCCAGGGUUCGCGCCACCGCCCUCUCCCUGGCCAGGGAGGAGUCCCUCCCGGAGUCCUCCAUGCUGACGGUGGAGCUCGCCGCGUUGCUCCACGACGUCCGCGAUUGGAAGUACAGCGGCGACGCGAACGCGGGCGCGGAGGCCGUCUCCUCGUGGCUCGAGGACCACGGCCAUCCCGCCGACGACAUCCGGUCCAUCGUGAAGAUAAUCUCGAACAUGGGGUUCAAAGACGAGCUCUCUAGCUCGUCCGCGCCCGCGGAGAUCACGCCGGAGUUCAAGGUGGUGCAGGACGCGGACAGGCUCGACGCCAUCGGCGCGCUUGGCAUCGCGCGGACCUUCUGCUACGGCGGAGCGAGGGGCGAUCCCAUGCACGUCCCCGGGGUGGAACCGAGGCGCGGUCUCACGAAGGAACAGUACGUCGCCUCAUCAACCGGCGGGCGCGUGUGCACCGUGGUGAACCACUUCCACGAGAAGUUGCUGCGCCUGAAGGGGAUGAUGAAGAGCGAGAGCGGGCGAAGAAGGGCGGAGGGGAGGCACGAGUUCAUGCUGAUGUACCUGGAACAGUUCCACGGAGAGUGGGACGGCGACCGAUGA